GAAGUUUUGGCGCCAAAAGACAAUCCAGCUGGUUGGUCAAUAUCGACUUGGCGCGAAUAAAAGUAGACAGACGCCAAAAGUGGAUGACUCUGCCUAUUGCUUUCCGAACAUUCAAGCACCUGAAUUGGAAGAGGAUAUUCUCCUACGAGACGGUUCUUGUAAUAGUGAGUUUAUCUUCAUUUCAAACAGUAAGAAUAUUCACGAUGGCACUGCAAAUCUCAACGAAGGAAAAUAUCCUUAGAAAUCUCGAAGAGAUUUCACUCAAAGAAAAGACAUCUAAAAUCUUAUGUACUUCACCAACCAUUUCUCAUGAAUAUGGAACAAAGAAUGGGUUGAUUAAGACAAAAGCAGUAAAAAAGAUACAACUAAAGACAGAUGAAUUUAACAAAGAACUGGAACCACUACUUAGAGAAAAUCCUCGUAGAUUUGUUGUGUUCCCUAUUCAGUGGCCUGACAUUUGGCAGAUGUACAAAAAGGCAGAAGCUUCUUUCUGGACUGUAGAGGAAGUGGAUCUCUCUAAGGAUAUUCCUGACUGGAACUCUUUAACUUCCAGUGAAAAACACUUUAUAUCUCAUGUACUAGCAUUCUUUGCUGCCUCUGAUGGAAUUGUCAAUGAGAAUCUGGUUGAAAGAUUCAGUCAGGAAGUGCAAGUUACAGAAGCACGUUGCUUCUAUGGUUUCCAAGUUGCUAUGGAAAAUGUGCACUCAGAAAUGUAUUCUUUGUUGAUUGAUACAUAUAUUACAGACGCUAAAGAAAGGGAUUUCUUAUUUAACGCGAUUGAGAAUUUGCCGUGCGUCGCAAAGAAAGCUAACUGGGCAUUAAAUUGGAUAAACCAUGAAUCUGCUACGUUUCCUGAACGAGUAAUAGCGUUUGCUGCAGUAGAAGGAAUCUUUUUCAGUGGCAGUUUCGCUGCCAUUUUUUGGUUGAAGAAAAGGGGACUUAUGCCUGGUCUUACAUUCAGCAAUGAACUCAUUUCUAGAGACGAGGGUUUACAUUGCGACUUCGCCUGCCUAAUGUUCAGACAUAUAAUACAGAAACCGUCGAACGAACGGAUUAUUUCAAUUAUCAAGGAUGCUGUCGCGAUCGAACAAGAAUUUUUGACAGACGCGUUGCCUGUCGAAAUGAUAGGCAUGAAUUGCAAGCUCAUGUGCCAGUACAUUGAAUUCGUUGCAGACAGACUACUUGUUGAACUGGGUUGUGAAAAGGUUUAUAUGUCCGGAAAUCCAUUUGACUUCAUGGAGCAUAUUUCUUUGGAGGGUAAAACAAAUUUCUUUGAAAAGAAGGUUGGAGAAUAUCAGAAAUGGGGGGUAAUGCAAGACAAAAUUGAAAGCACUUUCACAGUGAACGCUGACUUCUAAUUUAAUAGAUAAAAUUGUUAGAGAAGCUGGCCAUUUUUUGUCUUAAAAUGAAUAUGCAGGUAUCAAGAUUUCUCAAAUUUAUACAUUUUGUAAACAUUCUUUGUAUAUGUACCUGUGUGGACUAAGGCAAGAUGGUUAUCUUCUUUAGAACUGAUUAACAAUUUACUAUAAUUCGAAUCUUAGAAAAAAUAAUUAUAUAUAUAUAUAUUGCA